GUUUUCGCUGUAUGAACGCGGGUACCCGACUAAAAGCUUGCUAGCGGGAACGUGCUGCCUGCAACCAACCGGUGUGUCUUUCAUAUAAACAACAGGAUACUUCUCAUUUACUGCCAACAAAAAGUUGGGGAAAUCGUCAACGUCUCUCAUAGCCGAUCAUUUAAGGCACAACAUACGAAUAUUUCUGAAUCGAGGUGGAAAUUCGAUAAAAACAUGUCCGAGAUCCUGAGCUCCAUGGAACAGCGGGAAGAGCAGACCGAAGUUGAAGAAGCCGGAGGAACCGAGGAGAAGUCUGAGUCUUCAGAUGCUGGAAAAGAGUCAUCGUCAGAUGUGGGGGCCGAUGGACAAGAUGCUUCAUCAUCCACAACAGCUCCGGGAUAUGAGGAGAAAGUGCAAACAGACCGGACCAACCGAUUCGAGUACCUGUUGAAGCAAACAGAGUUGUUUGCUCAUUUCAUCCAACCAGCCGCACAAAAGACCCCCACCUCGACUCUGAAGAUGAAGCCGGGGCGUCCUCGCAUGAAGAACGAUGAGAAACAGAACCUGCUGUCUGCCGGAGACAACCGACAUCGUCGCACAGAGCAAGAGGAGGAUGAAGAGCUUCUGAACGAGAGCACCAAGACAACGAAUGUCUGCACUCGCUUUGAUGACUCUCCCUCCUAUGUCAAAUCUGGGAAAAUGAGAGACUAUCAGGUCCGUGGACUGAACUGGCUCAUCUCUUUGUAUGAGAAUGGCAUCAACGGCAUCCUUGCUGAUGAGAUGGGUUUGGGGAAGACUCUGCAGACUAUUUCCCUGCUGGGUUAUAUGAAGCACUACAGAACAUCCCCUGGUCCCCACAUGGUGCUGGUGCCCAAGUCCACCCUCUACAACUGUAUGAAUGAGUUUAAGAGAUGGGUGCCUUCACUCCGGGCCGUCUGCCUGAUCGGAGACAGAGAAGAGAGGAAUGCCCUGGUCAGAGAUGUGCUGCUGCCUGGAGAAUGGGAUGUGUGCGUCACAUCCUACGAGAUACUCAUCAUUGAGAAGGCAGUGUUCAAGAAGUUCAACUGGCGGUACCUGGUCAUUGACGAAGCUCACAGAAUCAAGAAUGAGAAAUCAAAGCUAUCAGAGAUUGUGCGAGAAUUUAAAACCACCAAUCGUUUGUUGCUGACUGGAACACCCCUUCAAAACAACCUUCACGAGCUGUGGGCUCUUCUGAACUUCCUGCUGCCUGAUGUCUUUAACUCAGCUACGGACUUUGAUUCCUGGUUUGACACAAACAACUGUUUGGGUGACACAAAGUUGGUCGAACGUCUUCACACUGUUCUGCGUCCUUUCUUGCUUCGUCGUAUAAAAGCCGACGUAGAGAAGACUCUGCUGCCGAAGAAAGAAAUCAAGAUGUAUGUGGGUCUGAGUAAGAUGCAGCGAGAGUGGUACACAAAGAUCCUGAUGAAGGACAUAGACAUUCUGAACUCAGCGGGUCGGAUGGAUAAGAUGCGUCUCCUGAACGUUCUCAUGCAGCUGAGGAAAUGCUGCAACCAUCCGUACCUGUUCGAUGGCGCCGAGCCCGGCCCCCCAUACACAACUGACCUUCACCUGGCGGUGAACAGCGGCAAGAUGGUGGUGCUGGAAAAGCUGCUCCCCAAGAUGAAGCAGCAGGGUUCUCGUGUGCUCAUCUUCAGUCAGAUGACCAGAGUGCUGGACAUCUUGGAGGACUACUGCAUGUGGAGGAACUACGCCUACUGCCGCCUGGAUGGCCAGACGCCGCACGAGGAGAGACAGAUCUCUAUCAACGCAUUCAAUGAGCCCAACAGUUCCAAGUUCCUCUUCAUGUUGAGCACCAGAGCUGGAGGACUGGGUAUCAACCUGGCUACAGCAGAUGUGGUCAUCCUGUACGACUCCGACUGGAACCCCCAAGUUGACCUUCAGGCCAUGGACCGAGCGCACAGGAUUGGUCAGCAGAAACAGGUCCGCGUCUUUCGCUUCAUCACCGAAAACACGGUGGAGGAGAGGAUUGUGGAGAGGGCCGAGAUGAAACUGCGCCUGGACUCCAUUGUCAUCCAGCAAGGAAGACUGGUUGACCCAAGCGCAAACAAACUGGGUAAGGAUGAAAUGCUGUCCAUCAUCCGACACGGAGCCACGCAUGUGUUUGCUUCCAAAGAGAGCGAGAUCACAGAUGAUGACAUUGACGCAAUCCUGGAGAGAGGUGAACGGAAGACUAUGGAGAUGAAGGAGAAGAUGUCUUCUCUGGGUGAGAGCACUCUAAGAAACUUCACCAUGGACACAGAGAACAGCAGUGUGUACAAAUUUGAAGGAGAAGAUUACAGAGAGAAGAAAAAGGUCAUUACCAACUGGAUCGAGCCACCCAAGAGGGAAAGGAAAGCCAAUUACGCUGUGGACGCGUACUUCAGAGAGGCUCUGCGAGUCAGUGAGCCCAAAGCACCCAAGGCUCCUCGUCCUCCAAAGCAGCCAAAUGUCCAGGACUUCCAGUUUUUCCCUCCACGGCUUUUCGAGCUUCUAGAAAAGGAAAUUCUGUUUUACAGGAAAACCAUCGGCUACAAGGUUCCACGUAAUCCAGAAAUACCAAAUUCGGCUCAGCUCCAGAAAGAAGAGCAGACUAAGAUCGAUGAGGCCGAGGCUCUCGCAGAGGAGGAACUGGAGGAGAAGGAGAACCUGCUGCAACAGGGAUUUACUAUCUGGAACAAACGCGACUUCAACCAGUUCAUCAAAGCCAACGAGAAGUGGGGAAGAGAUGAUAUUGAGAACAUUGCCAGAGAGGUUGAGGGGAAAACGCCAGAGGAAGUCAUGGAAUAUUCUGCUGUAUUCUGGGAGCGCUGCAACGAGCUGCAGGAUAUCGAGAAGAUCAUGGCCCAGAUAGAGAGAGGAGAAGCCAGGAUCCAGAGAAGGAUUAGCAUCAAGAAAGCACUGGACUCAAAGAUCGGUCGCUAUAAAGCUCCCUUCCACCAGCUGCGUAUCUCCUAUGGCACCAACAAAGGCAAGAACUACACCGAGGAGGAGGACCGCUUCCUUAUCUGUAUGCUACACAAGCUGGGCUUCGACAAGGAGAGCGUGUAUGACGAGCUGCGUCAGUGCAUCCGCAACUCGCCUCAGUUCCGCUUCGACUGGUUCCUCAAAUCCAGGACUGCCAUGGAGCUGCAGAGGCGAUGCAACACCCUGAUUACACUGAUAGAGAGAGAGAACAUGGAGCUGGAGGAGAGAGAGAAGGCUGAGAAGAAGAAACGCGGCCCAAAGAAUGCUACCUCUGCCCAGAAACGGAAGUCGGAGGCAACCCCAGACGGUCGCGGACGCAGGAAAAAGCUCAAGUUGUGAAGCUGAACUUAAAGCUACUGAGUACAGUGUCAGAACUCGAGGGCGACAGCCAGCUCCGGUAUCAUUAGUCCUAGUGUCUGUGUUUGUCUGGCGGGCUGUGAUAACGUACGGUGUGAAACCCCGAUGGACGGAUGUCGUUGUAUUAGGCUCUAGGAAGUGCUCCUUCACAAGCCUGCCUUGUCACUUGCCUAAACACUGCAGCUGUGCUGGUUUAGCCUUUUGGUUUGCUAGUUAUUUUUUUACUAGCACUUAAUUGAAAUAAAUGUAUUUAUGCCUGUUGGUUGUACCACAUUCCAUUGCUUCAGGCGAUUAUGUAUCCUUUUUAUUUUUAAGAAAACAUUAGUUUCUUUUAUCUUCCUAUGUGAAGUAGAAAAUGUCUUUUUGAACAUAACGAAUAAACUUCCUGUUUUUUUACA